AUGCCGGGUCGGGGGGAUUUGGAUAUCAAAACAUCAGGGACUGGCUGCGUGAAGAUUCAGAAAAUAGAAUGUGAUAACUGCAAAAUAGAAACGGAGAAGGGGACUAGUGUCUUGCAGUCAAUAAAGAGCCAUAAAAUUGAUAUACGAACAAAUGGUGGCAAAGUAAUUGGUCUUGGAACACUUUGUGGAAAUACAGAUAUUCGUGCAACAGAGAAGGGUAGUGUGAAUAUAGAGAAGCUACAGGGGACAUCCAUCAACAUAUCAACUGAAGAUGGGCUCCUGAAAACUAAGUAUCUCUAUGCAGAAUCAUCAUCUCUAUCUUCAGUAGCUGGUGAUAUUCUGCUGGGAAGUAUUCAUG